AAAGGAGUCAUUCACCAAAACACAACAAAAAUCUCAAAGCCACCGUUCGUUCAGAUUUAUUUUUUACUUUUUAAAAAAAAUUAUCGAUCAAAAAUGGCGUCGUUCGACGAAGCACCUCCUGGAAACCCAAAGGCCGGAGAGAAGAUCUUCAGAACCAAGUGUGCGCAGUGCCACACCGUCGACAAAGGUGCCGGUCACAAACAAGGACCAAACUUGAAUGGAUUGUUUGGGAGGCAAUCAGGAACAACGCCAGGGUAUUCCUACUCUGCUGCUAACAAAAACAUGGCCGUCAUGUGGGAGGAGAAGACUCUUUACGAUUACCUCUUGAACCCCAAGAAGUAUAUCCCUGGGACGAAAAUGGUGUUCCCUGGAUUGAAAAAGCCACAAGAUCGUGCCGAUCUCAUUGCUUAUUUGAAGGAAGGUACUGCAUAGGCACAAGCUCCCUCAGUUAUAAUGGAGCAUCUAUUCCCCGUCUAUUUUUUUUCUUUUCUCACAGAACAAAAUAAGACCAAAAAAUAUUGUGGUCAUGAACUUGUCUCUUUUUUUUUGUUUUACUAUAAUGAUACGAGUUAUCUCGAUAGUCGAAUAUUCGGUUUUUGAUGUGAAGAAGAAUUCUUCUCCACCACGAAAUAUUAGGAGAGAGUUCAUUCUCCUUGCCUAGUCCCUUUUGUUACAAAUCAGAUUUUUCAACUAAGAAAAUUGUUUGUACCAUUCCAUGGUGAGUAACAUAUAAUUAAGGAAGCUAAAAUCGCACUUAGACAGCCAGACUAAUUGUAUCCGGACUGUGCUUUUUAGCGUGAUUUGAGUUAUCUUAACUUUGUGAUUACCUAAUUAACCAACGCUUAAAACAUAUUUCAGUUUUUUCUUCUAGUCUAUAUCAAAGGUGUUGUUAUAAACCGAAAAAUGGAAAAGUUUUGGGAGUGAUUUUAAUCCUUUUUUCUCUCCAUUCCGUCUUAUUAUUAACUUGUAACACAAGCCACAAUUGACUUGUUUUUUGAUUCAUAUGCUGACAAGCAAAAGAAGAUCACUCGACGGGCUUCGGCAUUGUCUCUGUGGUGAUGGCUGAUUCAAGUCUUGGGAGUGAAGGCUUCCAUUUUCCUGGUAUCUGUAAAAGACGGAUUAUCUGAUUUGAGACUUUACUUGCAAACAGAUUCCAUUUUCCUAGUAUCUUUAAAAGACGGAUUACCUGAAUUGAAACUUUACUUGCAAACAAAGAGUGAGUGAUAAAACACAACAGAGAACAAACCUCAACACAACUAGAUUUGCUAACUCAGCCGGUACAUCUUCUUGCAUUUAUUUACAUAUUCGUUUAGAUCAUCAUGAGCACACGAUUUGACUCAAAAAGUUACUCGUAAAGAUUAGACAAUCUGAUAGAUUUUAGCUAUCUGUAACUAAUGAACUCUG